AGAAUCUCUCCGGUUUUGGUAAUCCCCCAUAUGGAAAUAUCUGAGGAAUCAUAAUUCCCCGAAAAGUAACCCAAGCCGCGUUGAUACCACUCUGACCAUAAUUACAUACGACAUAGUUGUCCUUUCUCCGCGGCUUCUGCAUGUCAAAACACGAUCAAAACGCAUGUAAGCUACGCCCUAUGACUAGACUGCUUACAGCUGGAUGCCUAUACCGACGAUGACUAAUGUUUAGCUGGUUGACAUUGUUGGGGUGCUCCGAUGCUCCGUGAGCUAGCCUGGUUACAGUCUGGCGCCCAACACUUGAUUCAAUAUCCUGUGCAUGUUAUGUGGGAGUCAAUCGGAAGGCAUGUGGGAUAUUAUUGGGGACGAUCGGGUCAUGGAGGAUGAUCCAUGUUCUUGUUCAGUAUCGUAGAGAAAGGUGUCCUGAUCGUUGAAAAAAAAAAAGGUAUAAGUAUCACAAAAGUCUCCAGUUCUCAGUGCUAUGCCAUCUUCAUCACUCGCAUCUACAGCAUCGUCAAAGACAGAAUCGUAUCAUCAACAAGGAUAAAGAAAACUCAACAAGAUGCCUGAGAUAACUCUGUACCACUACAACGGAGCGUGCUCCCAAGUACCGCACAUCCUUCUCCGUCAUCUCGACCUCCCAUUUAAGUCGGUCCUAAUGAAGAUGGAUGAGACCGGCAUGGUGGCCGCAGACGGCAGUCUCUCCAACGCCGAGUACCGCAAGAUCAACCCGGCGGCAUAUGUCCCUGUACUCACUGUUGAUGGCGAGGUCGUGACGGAGCAAUUCGCCAUCUUGACCAUGAUCGCCUUGCAAUCUCCCGACAAAACAGCAAAAGAAGGUCUUCUCGGCCACGACUCACUCGAGAAAGUGCGCGUAACAGAGUGGAUGAUCUGGCUCUCGGACACGCUGCAUUCCUCAGGGUACGGCGCCUUCCUGCACCCGGAACGGUACGUAGAAGGGAACAAAGAUAUGUAUCCCGCCGUGAAGGAGAAAGGGCGAAAGACGAUUGAUUAUUCCUACGACAUCAUUGAGAAGAGACUGAAAGAGAGAACUUACACGAUUGGGGAACAUCUCACCGUCGUGGAUUUCUUCUUGUAUACCCUCUGGGCCUGGGGCGUGCGGCUUGUCAAGAUCGAUAUGAAGGCGACAUAUCCGGCUUAUGGAAAGCUGGUGCAGCGUGUGGAAGCGCUGCGGAGUGUCAGCGAGACUGUGAAGGCGGAGAAGCAGCCGCUGCAUUUUGCGUAGGUGCGCGUGGUGAAGUGUUGGUUUUCCGGCCUCUAGAACUGAAGUCCUCUAUAUUACCACGUUUGCCCUACAGGGCAGAUAAAGCUCACACUACAACCUUGGAAAAAAGCUAUUAAUUAAAGCUAUUCUUACAACGUGUACUAUAUAAUUGAUGUAAUGAAAUUAUAAGUUUAAAUUAUAGUGGUAUAAUGGAAUCUCGCGCUUGUUUCUCAUAGGAACACCUCAACAC